AUGAACGUGCACAAUUAUCUGCAGCUGAUUAUUACCACACAACAAAUGCUCGAUUUAUUACGGGCCUUGACUAGCAACAACAUCAAGCCCAAUAACGGGUCGCUGUUGAACACCGUUAAAUCCAUCGAGGCUGCUGUAAAACGGGGGAUUGGGGCUCGUCAUUUUUACGUAUCGUGUCGAGUUUUGAAGGGCCGCGUUUUUCUUAGAGAGAUUUUUAUAUGUUUGGAUGGGAAUGGGAAAAAGAUUGUGUCUUGUCCAAUUAGAUAUCAUUCGACAGGAUGUGGUAAGGAUAAGAAUCUGGUUUUCCCAGCUUCUGAUGCAUCAAGAAUGUGA